AUGAACAUUUUAGCAGCAGUCUGCUGCGGUAGUGACCAAUGCUGGAGGAUUGAACAUAUAAACCCUUCAGCAACAGUCUACUGCGGUAGUGACCAAGGCUGGAGGAUUGAACAUAUAAACCCUUCAGCAACAGUCUACUGCGGUAGUGACCAAGGCUGGAGGAUUGAACAUAUACACUCUUCAGCAACAGUCUACUGCGGUAGUGACCAAGGCUGGAGGAUUGAACAUAUAAACCCUUCAGCAACAGUCUACUGCGGUAGUGACCAAGGCUGGAGGAUUGAACAUAUACACUCUUCAGCAACAGUAUACUGUGGUAGUGAUCAAGGCUGGCGGAUUGAACAUAUACACUCUUCAGCAACAGUCUACUGCAGUAGUGACCAAGGCUGGAGGAUUGAACAUAUAAACCCUUCAGCAACAGUCUACUGCGGUAGUGACCAAGGCUGGAGGAUUGAACAUAUACACUCUUCAGCAACUGUAUACUGUGGUAGUGAUCAAGGCUGGCGGAUUGAACAUAUACACUCUUCAGCAACAGUCUACUGCAGUAGUGACCAAGCCUGGAGGAUUGAACAUAUAAACCCUUCAGCAACAGUCUACUGCGGUAGUGACCAAGGCUGGAGGAUUGAACAUAUACACUCUUCAGCAACAGUAUACUGUGGUAGUGAUCAAGGCUGGCGGAUUGAACAUAUACACUCUUCAGCAACAGUCUACUGCGGUAGUGACCAAGGCUGGAGGAUUGAACAUAUAAACCCUUCAGCAACAGUCUACUGCGGUAGUGACCAAGGCUGGAGGAUUGAACAUAUAAACCCUUCAGCAACAGUCUACUGCGGUAGUGACCAAGGCUGGAGGAUUGAACAUAUAAACCCUUCAGCAACAGUCUACUGCGGUAGUGACCAAGGCUGGAGGAUUGAACAUAUACACUCUUCAGCAACAGUAUACUGUGGUAGUGAUCAAGGCUGGCGGAUUGAACAUAUACACUCUUCAGCAACAGUCUACUGCAGUAGUGACCAAGGCUGGAGGAUUGAACAUAUAAACCCUUCAGCAACAGUCUACUGCGGUAGUGACCAAGGCUGGAGGAUUGAACAUAUACACUCUUCAGCAACUGUAUACUGUGGUAGUGAUCAAGGCUGGCGGAUUGAACAUAUACACUCUUCAGCAACAGUCUACUGCAGUAGUGACCAAGCCUGGAGGAUUGAACAUAUAAACCCUUCAGCAACAGUCUACUGCGGUAGUGACCAAGGCUGGAGGAUUGAACAUAUACACUCUUCAGCAACAGUCUACUGCAGUAGUGACCAAGGCUGGAGGAUUGAACAUAUACACUCUUCAGCAACAGUCUACUGCGGUAGUGACCAAGGCUGGAGGAUUGAACAUAUAAACCCUUCAGCAACAGUCUACUGCGGUAGUGACCAAGGCUGGAGGAUUGAACAUAUACACUCUUCAGCAACAGUAUACUGUGGUAGUGAUCAAGGCUGGCGGAUUGAACAUAUACACUCUUCAGCAACAGUCUACUGCAGUAGUGACCAAGGCUGGAGGAUUGAACAUAUAAACCCUUCAGCAACAGUCUACUGCGGUAGUGACCAAGGCUGGAGGAUUGAACAUAUACACUCUUCAGCAACUGUAUACUGUGGUAGUGAUCAAGGCUGGCGGAUUGAACAUAUACACUCUUCAGCAACAGUCUACUGCAGUAGUGACCAAGCCUGGAGGAUUGAACAUAUAAACCCUUCAGCAACAGUCUACUGCGGUAGUGACCAAGGCUGGAGGAUUGAACAUAUACACUCUUCAGCAACAGUAUACUGUGGUAGUGAUCAAGGCUGGCGGAUUGAACAUAUACACUCUUCAGCAACAGUCUACUGCGGUAGUGACCAAGGCUGGAGGAUUGAACAUAUACACUCUUCAGCAAUAGUAUACUGUGGUAGUGAUCAAGGCUGGCGGAUUGAACAUAUACACACUUCAGCAACAGUCUACUGCGGUAGUGACCAAGGCUGGAGGAUUGAACAUAUAAAUUCUUCAGCUACGGUCUUCUGUGGUAGUGACCAAGUCUGGAGGAUUGAACAUAUAAACCCUUCAGCAACAGUCUACUGUGGUAGUGAUCAAGGCUAG